AUGUCGAAGCGGUCUACGACAGAUUUCUUAGCAGAUUGUCAAGAGCAGUCAAUGGAUGAUUCGGUGUUAUACGAGCCCUCAAAUCACGCAGCAUUAACUACAAUUUCUGCACAACCUAACAGACCCGAGAUUCCGAAUAUCACGGACACCUUCAAUUUGUUUAAAACCUAUCUGCACACAAAGUUGGAAAACCUGAAGGACCAAUUAUCAGCCGAUACAUCUUCUGCCAGUAUUGUUUCUUCCAUUAUCGCCAAGCUAACGAGAAGAAAUAAGCUCAUUAGAAUUGCUGACAAGUCCCCAGCUGGCUGGACCACAGUGCGAGAAUAUGAGAGUGACGACCUUGCCUCUGACGAUGAGAAGCGAAUGCGCCAAGCGAAAAGUCGUGCAUUGCGUGCACUCAAGGAGAAGCGUCGCUACCAGCCCUACAAGAAACCUUCUGCUACUGCUCCCACUCCAGCUACUUCCACUGAUCGCAGGCCUGAUUCUACGCCCUACCAGCAGUCCUUUCGUGGCUACACAAAACAAAGAAAACAACCCUCGCCGUACGACAUUUGUUACAAUUGCCGAAAGUACGGGCACUGGAAAUCCCAAUGUAGUGCUCCACCAGCUCAAUCAAGCAACCAAAGUGCAAGCUCAUACAAGUAG